AUGACCCCAUCAAGCAAUCUCUUUGCUUCAAUAGACAUGGGAACAAACUCCUUCAAAAUGCAUAUAGUCCAAACAGACAGAACAGGAAAAUUCCUUACCAUUGAUCGCCACAAAGACCCAGUUUGUCUUGGUCGUGACUUUUCUUUGUCAAUCUCCGAAGAAUCCCUUUUUAGAGCUCUAACUUGCCUAAAAAGAUUCAAUCAAGUGCUCAAAGCCAACAAAAUCUCUCCUCAGCGGACAAUCUGUGUUGCCACUGCUGCUGUACGUGAAGCAAGUAAUGUUUUUGACUUCAAAAGAUCAGUUCUUGAAACAACUGGUUUUGAAGUUUCUGUUUUAUCUGGUGAAGAGGAAGCGAGGUAUGUUUAUCUGGGUGUGCUUCAGUUUUUGCCAGUUUUUGAUAAAAGAGUUUUGGUUAUUGAUAUUGGAGGAGGGUCUACUGAGUUUGUGAUUGGGGAAAGAGGGAAUGUUGUUUUUGGGGUGUCUUUGAAGUUGGGUCAUGUGGGUUUAACACAAAAGUUUGGUAAAGAUUGUAACUUGAUUGAAAUGAGAGAGUUUGUCAAGUCAGUUAUUAAGGAAUCUGAGUUAGUUGAAAAAGUUAACAAUUUUGGUGGUUUUGAGGUUGUUGUUGGGACUUCGGGGACUAUUAGAGAUAUUGAAAAGGCUGUUUUUAAUGGUUAUGGGAAAGAGUGUGUUGAGGAUAAUGAGGUUUUGUUAAGGGAUUGUAAGAGGGAGUGGAAGUUUAGUAGAGGGGAGUUGAAUGGUGUUGUUGAGAGUGUGUGUAGAGAAGGAGAGCAAGAGAGGAUUAAGAGAGAUGGGUUCUUUAAGAGGAGAUCGGAGUUUAUUGUUGCUGGUGCUGUGUUAUUGGAGGAGAUAUUUGAUGUGCUUGGAAUUCAAGAGAUGGAGGUUUCUGGAUAUGCAUUAGGAGAGGGAGUUAUUGCUGAAACAUUGUCUAAGGUUUUUGAGGGUUAUGAUCUGAAUGCGAAUGCGAGGUGGCAUUCUGUUGUAAGGCUUGCAACAAGGUUUAGUGGGAAGAAAGGAAUUAAAUCUGCUGCACAAUGUGCUAGCAUUGCCAAGGAGAUUUGUGAGGGCUUGAGAAAAUGGGGAGAGGUUGCUGGAAAUCAACUUAAUUUCUCCUUGGAUGUAAAUGAUCUUGAAUGUCUUGAAGCUGCCUGUUUACUUCACAAUAUAGGACUCAUCACUGGUAAAAAGGGUUACCACAAGCAGUCUUAUCGCAUUAUCACGAAUGGAAAUCAUCUUCAAGGAUACAGUGCUGAAGAAGUCAAGUUAAUAGCGCUGCUUACAAGACAUCACAGGAAGAAAUUCCCAAAAUUUGAUGGAGCCUCGUUACAGGAGUUUGCUGAAGAGUUAAAGCAGAAAUGCAGAGCUCUUUGUGCAAUCAUCCGGUUAUCAGUCAUGUUACAGCAGAGUGAUUAUUUGAACUUCCAAGAUAUGGAAUUCUUGCAUUCUCACGAAGGGUUCAAACUGAUUUUCAGAGAGGCAGGGGCAAUUCCUAACUUCCCUCUCCCCGAAGAUAUGGGGAAAGAACUAAAGAAAGAGUCCGAAUGCUUCAAAAUGGUAUUCCAGCAAAAUUUAUUGUUUGAAGUGCUGCCAGAAUAG